UCAAAAUCAAAUGCGUGAAAAUAACAAAAAUGGCUGAAGAACAAGAGGUGGUGCAAAUAGAAUUGUUAUGCAAGCAACUGUAUGAGUCACAAGAUCCCUUGGUAAGGGAGCAAGCGGAGAAGGCGGUUGUUGCGUUUCAGGAAUCUCCGGACACGCUGAGCAAAUGUCAGGCGUUACUUGAAAGGGCGGACUCUAGUUAUUCACAAUUAUUAGCAGCUACUACUUUAGGAAAAUUGGUUAGUAGGCCAACCAGCAGUUUAUCAAUACAACAGAGGCUAGAUAUUAGGAAUUAUAUACUAAAUUACUUGGCGUCUCGACCUAAGUUGGCAAAUUUUGUUGUUCAGGCACUAAUAUCACUAUUCGCGCGCAUCACAAAGCUCGGCUGGUUCGACACGGUCAAGGAGGAGUUUGUGUUCCACAAUGUGCUCAAUGACGUCACCACGGGAUUUUUACAGGGUCAAGUAGAAACAUGCACAAUCGGCGUACAAUUACUCUCGCAGUUGGUUGUGGAAAUGAACCAAGUGCUCGAGAGUGAUGUCAGUCGUUCGCUGUCCAAACAUAGGAAGAUUGCUUCUUCGUUUCGGGAUACGCAACUAUUCGAAAUAUUUCGCGUAUCUUGUUCCCUACUAAAUGCUGCUCGAGGAAAACAACUUUCUCUCGCGGACGAGAGUCAGCAAGCCUUGCUCGCUGCUUUGUUGCGGUUGGCCCACAAUUGUCUAACGUUUGACUUCAUUGGCACGUCGAAUGAUGAGUCGUCGGACGAUUUGUGCACUAUACAGGUGCCAACAUCGUGGCGUCCCACGUUCCUCGAGGCGAGCACGCUCGAGCUAUUCUUCGAGCUGUACGCCUCGUCGCGAGGCGCGCUGGCCGGGCUGGCGCUCGCGUGCCUCGUGCAGCUCGCCUCGGUGCGCCGCUCGCUGUUCAGCAACACGGAGCGCGCCAAGUUCCUGAGCCAGCUCGCGGCCGGCGUCAUGCGCGUGCUGGAGGACACGCAGGGCCUAUCGGACCCGACGAACUACCACGAGUUCUGCCGUCUCCUAGCGCGGCUCAAGUCGAACUAUCGUCUCGGCGAAUUGGUCAUGGUCGAUAAUUAUCCGCGAUUGAUAGAGGAGAUCGCUAAAUUCACUGUGCAGAGCUUGCAGAUGUGGCAGUUCGCGCCGAACUCCGUGCAUUAUCUCCUGUCGCUAUGGCAACGCAUGGUCGCCUCAGUGCCGUACGUGAACGCUACGGAGCCGCACUUGCUCGAGACCUAUGCGCCCACAGUCACUACCGCUUAUAUUAACAGCAGGCUUGAUUCUGUGGCGGUAUUAUUGAGGGAGGGUCUCGAAGACCCCCUCGAGGACAUGGGCGCGAUACAACAACAGUUAGAACAAGUGGCCGUGAUCGGUCGGUGUGAAUAUUCCAAAACGUGUCAAUUGUUGGUCGCACACUUUGAUAGAGCGGCCGCCGCUUACACCGUGGAAACGCAGCCGCCGCAACUGCUAGUGUUGCAAGGCCAACUCACGUGGCUGGUGUAUAUAAUUGGCGCCGCCAUAGACGGUAGAGCGUCAGUCAACACGUGCGAUGAGAACGACGCUAUGGACGGCGAAUUAGUUUGCCGCGUGCUGCAGCUCAUGGACCUGACCGACUCGCGGCUGGCCAAUGGCGGGUGCGAGAAACUCGAGCUAGCAAUGAUGUCGUUCUUCGAGCAGUUCCGCAAGAUAUACGUCGGCGAGCAGGUGCAGAAGAACAGCAAGGUGUACCGGCGGCUCGGCGAAGUGCUCGGGCUCAGCGACGAGAGCCAGCUGCUGAGCGUCAUCAUGCGCAAGAUCAUAACAAACCUCAAAUACUGGGGCGGUUCUGAAGCGAUAAUAUCAAAGACUCUGGGACUACUGAGCGAUCUAAGCGGCGGGUACUCGUGCGUUCGGAAACUGGUCAAAUUGGAUGAGGUGCAGUUUAUGUUGACACAUCAUACGGCGGAACAUUUCCCGUUCCUAGGCGUCGGCGCCGGUACGGGCGAGAUGAGAUGUCGAACUAUGCUCUAUACAGCGCUUGGAAGAUUGCUCAUGGUCGAACUUGGGGAGGAUGAGGAUAGAUUCCACGCUUUUAUGAUGCCGCUCACGGCGGCAUUCGAAAGCAUCAUCGGUCUACUCGGUCCAUCAGAGAACUCUCUUUACGCGUCAGAAGACGCGAAAAAGACGCUAAUAGGUCUAGCGAGAGACUUACGUGGUUUGGCGUUCGCUUUCAACACGAAAACAACGUAUAUGAUGCUGUUUGAUUGGAUCUACCCAGUAUACAUGAAAGUGCUCCUCCGGGGCAUCGAACUGUGGUACAGUGAGCCCGCCCUAACCACGCCCAUACUAAAGUUGGCCGCGGAAUUGGCGCAGAACAGGAACCAACGGUUGCACUUUGAUGUUAGCUCACCGAACGGGAUCCUGCUGUUCCGGGAGCUGUCCGCUGCUAUAUGCGCGUACGGCAGUAGAAUAUUAACGGUGGACGUGAGCAAAAAGCAAAUGUACGCCAUGAAGUUGAAAGGUAUAUCGCUCUGUUUCUCCAUACUGAAGGCUGCGCUGUGCGGGAAUUACGCGAAUUUUGGCGUUUUUAGGUUAUACGGUGACGACGCGUUAGACAAUGCACUGAAUAUGUUCGUUAAGUUAUUAUUAAGUAUACCACAAAGUGACUUAUUGUUAUAUCCGAAACUAUCACAAACGUAUUACGUGCUGCUCGAAAGAUUAGCUCAAGAUCACAUGCCGUAUCUAGCGUCUCUACAGCCCGAGGCCACUUUAUACAUAUUGUCUUCUAUUUCUGAAGGAUUAACGGCAUUGGACACGAGCGUGUGCACGGGAUGCUGCGCGACGCUGGACCACAUAGUCACUUAUUUAUUUAAACAAUUAGUGCAGAAAUCUAGCAACAAAGUGUCGAACCCGCGACAAGCAGCUCCAGAGACGAGCAACAUGUUCAUAGAGGUGUUGCAGAGGCGGCCCGAGAUCAUGCAGCAACUGCUUGCAACAGUGGUGAACGUAAUAAUGUUCGAAGAGCGCUGCAACCAAUGGUCCAUGUCCCGACCUCUGCUCGGUCUGAUCCUGCUCAAUGAGGAGCAGUUCACAGCGCUCCGGUCGGAGCUGAUCGCGCAGCAGGCCCGCCACCGGCAGCACCACCUGGCGCACUGCUUCGACCAGCUCAUGGGGGGGGUCGAGAGGAACCUGCUCACCAAGAAUCGGGAUCGAUUCACCCAAAACCUGUCCAUGUUCAGGCGGGACAUCAACGAUCUAUUGAAAGGCACAAGUAUGGGAUCGUCUGUCAACGACAUGAUGACGUCAUAGGCACAAACGUGAUAUGGGAUGAGUGGGAUUCGUAUAGAAUGAGUGGGAUUCGUGUAGGAUGAGUGGGAUUCGUGUAGGAUGAGUGGGAUUCGUGUAGGAUGAGUGGGAUUGUAUGGGAUGCGUGUGGGAUUCGUGAAGAACAGUAUGGGAUUGAGUGGUUGAUUUCUGGUAUAUGUCAGGUUGUGUGGUAUUGCCUUGGUUACUAAUUUACAAUUGUUCACAGAUAUUCUUUUUUCAGUUUAUAACUCUAUGAACGAAAUACCGUUUCUUUUUUUUCUACACUAAUAUUAUAAAGAGGAAAACUUUGUUUGUUUGUAAUGAAUAGGCUCAUAAACUACUGGA